AUGGGGGGGAUGAUGGGUCUGGUCGCGGACGCGACAGGGAUUCAGUUCAAACUUCUGAACACUUCCAAAGGGGCCGCUGUUCAUGGCCCUCGUUGUCAAUCAGACAAGCACGCGUACGCUCGCGUCGCGCAGCGAUUCAUCAAAUAUCGUCCAGAGAUCGACGUCGUAGAGGGCAGUGUCGAGGCAAUCCUUACUGAGGGUGAACAAUCGAACCUCGUUGCGACUGGAGUACGCAUCGGUCUCAAGGACGGUGGGGAAAAGGAGUUGCACGCUCCUUCGGUGAUCCUGACCACUGGCACAUUCAUGCACGGGAUUAUGCAUCGAGGUCAGGACACGACUGAAGGUGGUCGUGUGGGAGAAGCCGCGACGAACAAGAUUUCUGAUGCAUUGCGUUCGCUUGGGUUUGAACUAGGGAGAUUGAAAACCGGUACUCCACCUCGUUUGGAUAUCCAUUCGAUCGAUUGGGACGCGCUUCCUGUGCAGGAUGGUGACGAAGUGCCGAUGCCGUUCUCAGAGCUUACGCGUGAUGGUUGGGAGAUCGGGGAUAUUCUAUGUGAUCAGUUCCCGCUGAUUGAGCAGGUUUCUUGCCGACAGACGACGACUGGACCAGGAUCACAUGAUGCGAUCCGCGCCAAUCUCGAUCGGGCGCCGAUAUUCACUGGACAGAUCGGAUCCGCAGGACCACGAUACUGUCCGAGCAUCGAGGACAAGGUGGUACGCUUCGCGGAGCGUGAUCAGCACGGCGUGUAUCUCGAACCUGAAUCCCAUGAAUCGGAUUGGGUCUACUGCAACGGGAUCUCGACGAGUCUUCCCGAUGAUGUGCAGGACACGAUCGUGCACUCGAUGCCGGGAUGUGAGCAUGCGAAGAUUCUGCAGUACGGAUACGCGGUUGAGUAUGACAUGGUGCGUCCGCAUCAGAUCUAUGUGACUGGGCAGUCUCGAUUGGUCGAGGGGUUCUACCUUGCCGGGCAGAUCAACGGCACGAGCGGAUAUGAAGAAGCCGCGGCGCAGGGAUUGGUCGCUGGUAUCAAUGCGGCGUUGCGAGCGAGUGGUGGGGGCGAGUUUUCGUUCGAUCGUUCGCAGGCAUACAUCGGUGUGUUGAUGGAUGAUCUGGUGACCAAGACACCACGCGAGCCGUAUCGGAUGUUUACGAGCCGAGCGGAGUAUCGAUUGAUGCUUCGUUCGGACAACGCGCCCGAUCGGUUGACUCCGAUCGCGAUGGAUCUUGGUUUACUGGAUCAUCACGAAAUUGGAUUGCUCCGCAAGGAACGCUUUGCUGCGAGAUCUGCCGCGAUCGAGUUUGGACGAUCACUCAUGGAUUCAACGAUGGACGGCAGCAAGACCAUCGCGGAUCGCAUCCAUGAGUCUGACUACAGCGUUGAGCAUCUCAAGCAUGCGAUUCAAACGCAGAUGGAAGCGGAGUUUAGCGAUGUGCAUCCGGAGGUCUAUCAGACGCUGCACGCUCAGAAGCGGUACGAGCCGUAUAUCGAGCGGCAGAAGAUCGAGAUCCGCAGACACAACGAGAUCGAGCACAAACCGAUCCCAGAGUGGAUUGAGUAUGAGUUAAUGGAUUCUCUCCGAAAUGAAGCCCGCACAGCGUUGUCGAAGUACAGACCUUCGACAUUCGGACAAGCGUCGAGACUUGAAGGCGUGACCCCAGCGGAUCUGACGCUGCUGAGUGUGCUGGUCAAGCGCGCGAGAUUGAGCAGACGCGAAGCGUCUUUGGCGGAGCUCGGCUUUCUGAGAGACUGGGAGCUUGGGGACCAAGCCGUCACGCAUCUCGCGGAGCAUCUCGACCUCUCCCGCUUCGUCGAAGAGUUCUUCCUGACCUGCAGAUUGGUAAUAGAGACGGAGCGAUUCAAGUCCAUCAUCGAUCGCGUUGAUCGCGGCUUUGUUCUCUUCGUGCUUUACCGCAUGGCUCGCGAGGGCUCGUGCACGCAUCAUCAUGACAUAGGGACGGUGUCCCUCCAUCGCGAGUUGGUCGUCUUCGUCAAUCGCGUGGUCGCGGAACAUGUCCAGCACACGGAGGUUGCGAGAGGUAUCUCGAGCGACGCUUUCGAAAUCUUCGAGUACGAGCAGAGCGAUGUAACGGUGGUAGUACUGCUGUGCUUCUUCUCUGAGUUGUCGACAGUCCUCGGCAUCGAGGAAGCGGAUCUCGCCGUCAGAGUCCUCGUCGUCAUUGCUCUCGCUGAGCGCGAAGUAGGAGUCGCAGUCGUGGGGGCGCUGGCCGUCUGGACGCCCGUCGAUCUUCAUCUGGAGGAAUCCGAGAUCGAGGCGGACCUGGAUCCGAGGUUCGUGAUCCUGUCCUUCAAUGAGCCGAACGGAGAUCUGUCCGGGUACAAAUGGCCAUUCUUCGAGCAGUUUGGAGAUGUCUACCUGAGUGACAUCAACCGCCACCCCCUAUUAACAGCGGAACAAGAGAAAGAACUCGGAUGGAAAAUCAUCAACGAGCAAUGUCCUAUUGCGCGUGAAACGAUGAUCCGUUCGAAUCUGCGUCUCGUUGUUUCGAUCGCGAAGAACUACAACAACCGCGGGCUCCCGCUCGGUGAUCUCAUCGAGGAAGGGAAUAUCGGUCUGAUGCGUGCUGUGGAAGGAUUCGAUCCUGCACAAGGCGCUCGAUUCAGCACCUACGCGAGCUGGUGGAUCAAGCAGGGCAUCAAGCGUGCUCUGAUCAAUGCGAACCAACCGAUCCAUAUCCCGGCGUACAUGGUUGAACUGAUCGCGAAGUGGAAGAUGCACUCGCGUCGGAUCGAAUCAGAAACGGGGCAUCCACCGACUAUGGAAGACCUCGCGACUGCGAUGGACCUGCCGAUCAAGAAGAUCAAGAUCAUCAAGCGUGCGGUCAAAGCAUUCAGCGCUCCGAACCAAGCGCCUCGUAGCAUGGAUGGCGAUCUGAUGGGAAUGGGCGAGCUGAUCGCUGACCAUCGUGCCGGGACUGCUGAAGAGCAAACGCUCGAAUCUGAAGAGCUGGGAAUCCUCCGCAAGCUCAUGGAAACAAUCGACGAGCGUGAGGCACAAAUCCUGCGUCUGCGCUUCGGGCUCGACGGUGCUGAGCCGUUGACGCUCAAAGAGAUUGCUGCGAGUAUCGGUAUCUCACGCGAGCGUGUGCGUCAGAUCAUCGAGGAGUCGCUUUCGCGUCUGCACGAGCGGAUCAACGACGACAAGCCGAGCCAGUUCUACCGCCGUGAUAACGCGUUUGAGAAUUUGGACAAGGAAUCUACAUCAGUACACAAAGUCGUCAUCAUUGGCUCGGGGCCGUCUGGAUGGACUGCGGCGAUCUAUGCGGCUCGAGCGAAUCUCGAGCCGGUGGUCUAUGUCGGUGUCGCAAAGCAAGAUCCUGGUCCAGUGCUUCCAGGUGGCCAGUUGAUGCUCACGACAGAUGUCGAGAACUAUCCAGGAUUCCCUGAGGGGAUCGCGGGUCCUGAGAUGAUGAUGAAGUUCGAGGAGCAGGCGCGUCGCUUUGGAACGACGGUCGUGGGUGAGGACAUCACCAAGUGUGAGUUCUCAAGCGAUGGAUCGCCUCACACACUCUAUACUUCGAGCGGUGACACAAUCCAAGCACACGCGGUGAUCAUCUCGACUGGCGCGACGGCCAACUGGAUCGGUCUGGACUCGGAGAUGAAGCUCGCGAUGACAGGCGGCGGCGUGAGUGCUUGUGCCGUCUGUGACGGCGCCCUCCCGAUGUUCCGCGAUCAGCAUGUCGCGGUGGUGGGUGGUGGGGACUCGGCAAUGGAAGAAGCGACUUUCCUGACCAAGUUCGCAUCCAAGGUUUCGGUGAUCCAUCGCCGAGAUGAGCUCCGCGCGAGCAAGGUUAUGCAGGAGCGGUUCCUCAACAAGGAGAACGCUGAAGUCCUCUGGAACAAGACGGUCAUCGAAUGUCUUUCUGAGCCGGAUCAGAUGGGCAACGAGAAAAUCAGUGCCGUGCGCUUGAAGGAUACCGUGACUGGCGAAGAAUCCGAGCUCGCGAUCAAGGGCUUGUUCGUCGCAAUCGGACACAGUCCGGCGACCAAGUUCCUCCAAGACACGGCUCUGGAGUUCGACAGCGCGGGAUACAUCGAUUUGAAAGAUCGCUCGAGUAAGACCAAUAUCGAGGGUGUUUUUGCGGCGGGUGAUGUUGCGGAUGCGAAAUACCGUCAGGCGAUCACAGCGUCGGGGAUGGGGUGUCAAGCGGCACUCGAUGCGGAGCACUGGCUCGGCGACAAGGGUCUCAUCUGA